UCCCAGAAACCUUUGCGCGCAUUUGUAACGAAUUUCCGUUCGAGUUUGUAUUUUAGGCGCCAUUUUCGAGUGAAGGACCCGGAGCCGAAACACCGGUAGGAACGGGGGGGUCUAUACAACCGUUUCCAGCCUUGGUCUGAGUGGACUGACCCGCAGCGACCAUGCCCCGUAAAGGCACCCAGCCUUCCACCGCUCGGCGCAGAGAAGAAGAGCCGCCGCAGUCCCCGGACGGCACCAGCAACGACGCGGAGCCCGAGCCGCCGCCGGGCCGCGCCGGGCCCAGGGCCCCUGCUACUGCAGAGACUCCAACUGAGGAAAUUAAUAAUCGAAGUUUAGAAGAAAUUUUGAAUAGCAUCCCUCCUCCCCCACCUCCAGCAAUGACCAAUGAAGCUGGAGCUCCUCGACUUAUGAUAACUCAUAUUGUAAACCAGAACUUCAAAUCGUAUGCUGGGGAAAAAAUUCUCGGACCUUUUCAUAAGCGCUUUUCCUGUAUUAUUGGGCCAAAUGGCAGUGGCAAAUCCAAUGUUAUUGAUUCUAUGCUUUUUGUGUUUGGCUAUCGAGCACAAAAAAUAAGAUCUAAAAAACUCUCAGUACUAAUACAUAAUUCUGAUGAACACAAGGAUAUUCAGAGUUGUACUGUAGAAGUUCAUUUUCAAAAGAUAAUUGAUAAGGAAGGGGAUGAUUAUGAAGUCAUUCCUAACAGUAACUUCUACGUAUCCAGAACGGCCCACAGAGAUAAUACUUCUGUCUAUCACAUAAGUGGGAAGAAGACGACAUUUAAGGAUGUUGGAAAUCUUCUUCGAAGCCAUGGAAUUGACUUGGACCAUAAUAGAUUUUUAAUCCUACAAGGUGAAGUUGAACAAAUUGCUAUGAUGAAACCAAAAGGCCAGACUGAACAUGAUGAGGGUAUGCUUGAAUAUUUAGAAGAUAUAAUUGGUUGUGGACGGCUAAAUGAACCUAUUAAAGUAUUGUGUCGGAGAGUUGAAAUAUUAAAUGAACACAGAGGAGAGAAGUUAAACAGAGUUAAGAUGGUAGAAAAAGAAAAGGAUGCCUUAGAAGGAGAGAAAAACAUAGCAAUUGAAUUUCUUACCUUGGAAAAUGAAAUGUUUAGAAAAAAGAAUCAUGUUUGUCAAUAUUACAUUCAUGAUCUACAGAAACGGGUUGCUGAAAUGGAAACUCAAAAGGAAAAAAUUAAUGAAGAUACCAAAGAAAUUAAUGAGAAGAGCAAUACACUGUCAAAUGAAAUGAAAGCUAAGAAUAAAGCUGUAAAAGAUGUAGAGAAGAAACUGAAUAAAAUCACAAAAUUUAUUGAGGAGAACAAAGAAAAAUUUACACAGCUAGAUUUGGAAGAUGUUCAAGUUAGGGAAAAAUUAAAACAUGCUUCAAGUAAGGCCAAAAAACUGGAGAAGCAACUUCAAAAAGAUAAAGAGAAGGUUGAAGAAUUUGAAGGUAUACCUGCCAAGAGUGAGAAUAUCAUAACUGAGACAACAACUAGAAACAAUGCCCUUGAGAAGGAAAAAGAGAAAGAAGAAGGGAAGUUAAAGGAAGUUAUGGAUAGCCUUAAACAGGAAACACAAGGACUUCAGAAAGAAAAAGAAAGUAAAGAGAAAGAACUUAUGGGUUUCAGCAAAUUGGUAAAUGAAGCACGUUCAAAGAUGGAUGUAGCCCAAUCAGAACUUGAUAUCUAUCUCAGUCGUCAUAAUACUGCAGUGUCUCAAUUAAGUAAGGCCAAGGAAGCCCUAAUUGCAGCUUCUGAGACUCUCAAAGAAAGGAAAGCUGCAAUCAGAGAUAUAGAAGCAAAACUCCCUCAAACUGAACAUGAAUUAAAGGAGAAAGAAAAAGAACUUCAAAAACUUACACAAGAAGAAAUAAAUUUCAAAAGUUUGGUUCGUGAUCUUUUCCAAAAAGUUGAAGAGGCAAAGAGUUCCUUAGCAAUGAAUCGAAGUAGGGGGAAAGUCCUUGAUGCAAUAAUUCAAGAAAAAAAGUCUGGCAGGAUUCCAGGAAUAUAUGGAAGAUUGGGGGACUUAGGAGCAAUUGAUGAAAAAUACGAUGUUGCUAUUUCAUCGUGUUGUCGUGCAUUAGACUACAUUGUCGUUGAUUCUAUUGAUACAGCCCAAGAAUGUGUAAACUUCCUUAAAAGACAAAAUAUUGGAGUUGCAACCUUUAUAGGUUUGGAUAAGAUGGCAGUGUGGGCAAAGAAAAUGACCAGAAUUCAAACUCCUGAAAAUACUCCUCGGUUAUUUGAUUUAGUAAAAGUAAAAGAUGAGGAAAUUCGUCAAGCUUUUUACUUUGCUUUACGUGAUACCUUAGUAGCUGACAACUUAGAUCAAGCCACAAGAGUAGCAUAUCAAAAAGAUAGAAGAUGGAGAGUGGUAACGUUACAGGGGCAAAUCAUAGAACAGUCAGGUACAAUGACUGGCGGUGGAAGCAAAGUAAUGAAAGGAAGGAUGGGUUCAUCAGUUGUUGAAAUCUCUGAAGAAGAGGUAAAUAAAAUGGAAUCACAGUUGCAAAGAGACUCUCAAAAAGCAGUGCAGAUCCAGGAACAGAAAGUACAACUGGAAGAAGCAGUAGUUAAGUUAAAGCAUAGUCAACGAGAAAUGAGGAAUACACUUGAAAAGUUUACCGCAAGCAUCCAGCGUUUAUCAGAGCAAGAAGAAUAUUUGAAUGUCCAAGUUAAGGAACUUGAGGCUAAUGUACUUGCUACGGCUCCUGACAAAAAAAAGCAGAAAUUGCUAGAAGAAAAUGUUGGUGCUUUCAAAACAGAAUAUGAUAAUGUGGCUCAGAGAGCUGGUAAAAUAGAAGCUGAGGUUAAAAGGUUACACAAUAUCAUCAUAGAAAUCAAUAACCACAAACUCAAGGCCCAACAAGACAAACUUGAUAAAAUAAAUAAGCAAUUAGAUGAAUGUGCUUCUGCUAUUACUAAAGCCCAAGUAGCCAUCAAGACUGCUGACAGAAAUCUUAAGAAAGCACAAGACUCUGUCUUUCGCACAGAGAAAGAAAUAAAAGAUACUGCGAAAGAAGUAGAUGACUUAACAGCAGAGCUCAAAAAUCUUGAGGAAAAAGCGACAGAGGUCAUAAAGAGUACAAACGCUGCAGAGGAGACCCUACCAGAGAUCCAGCAAGAACAUCGCAAUCUACUUAAAGAACUAAAAGUAAUUCAAGAAAACGAACAUGCUCUUCAAAAAGAUGCACUUAGCAUUAAAUUGAAACUUGAACAAAUAGAUGGUCACAUUGCAGAACAUAAUUCUAAAAUAAGAUAUUGGCAAAAAGAGAUUUCAAAAAUAAAAUUGAAUCCCAUAGAAGAUAAUCCUGUUGAAGAGAUUUCACUUCUGAGCUCAGAGGAUCUUGAAGCCAUCAAGAAUCCAGAUUCUAUAACAAAUCAAAUCGCACUUUUGGAAGCCCAGUGUCAUGAAAUGAAACCAAAUCUUGGUGCCAUUGCAGAGUAUAAAAAGAAGGAAGAAUUAUAUUUACAACGGGUAGCAGAAUUGGACAAAAUUACUUAUGAGAGAGAUAAUUUUAGACACGCAUAUGAAGAUCUUCGGAAACAAAGGCUUAAUGAAUUCAUGGCAGGUUUUUAUAUAAUAACAAAUAAAUUAAAGGAAAAUUAUCAGAUGCUUACUUUGGGAGGUGAUGCUGAACUGGAGCUUGUAGACAGUUUGGAUCCUUUCUCUGAAGGAAUCAUGUUCAGUGUUCGACCACCUAAGAAAAGUUGGAAGAAGAUCUUCAACCUUUCAGGAGGAGAGAAAACACUUAGUUCAUUGGCUUUAGUAUUUGCUCUUCAUCACUACAAACCCACUCCCCUGUACUUCAUGGAUGAGAUUGAUGCGGCCCUCGAUUUUAAAAAUGUAUCUAUUGUUGCAUUUUAUAUAUAUGAACAAACAAAAAAUGCCCAGUUCAUAAUAAUUUCUCUUCGAAAUAAUAUGUUUGAGAUUUCAGACAGACUUAUUGGAAUUUACAAAACAUACAAUAUAACAAAAAGUGUUGCAGUAAACCCAAAAGAAAUUGCAUCUAAAGGACUUUGUUAAACUUGUUUAUACUGAAGAUUCCUCAGAUUGAAUCAGCAGAUUCAGUGUAUUGUAUUACUGAUUUUCUACUUGUAAAGGAUUAUAAACUGUAUAAAAUACAUAUUCCUAAACUGGAUCAUAUAAUGAAAAUGGCCUUCUAGUUUAUGCUGUUACAAGUCUAAUAAAAUAUUCUGCAAACCGCCUUCUAGGAGAUUGUAAGAAUCUGGUAACUUUGUAAACAGCAGACUAUGGAGAAGAUAAGAUGCCUGCAGGGUCAGGUUACUGCCCUUUUUCCCAAAUUGCUACUAGCAGAGUUAAAAGUAUGUUAGUUGAUUAACAGUAAAGUUCUAAACAAGAUGCAGCAUACCCUCAUGGACCUUUGACCUACAGUGGAGAAACCUGCCUGGUGGGAAAAACUAUUGUAUAAGUUCUAAAGGUUUUCCACUUAAUUUACUAAUUUAAUCAAAAUAUUUAUUACCUGAAUACUGGAACCAUUUUUUUUUUUAAAUCAGUCAUUCUGAAUUGUAAUGAUGAGAUUUUAAAUAUCUUACAUGUUUUCCUAAAACUUGAUAUGUUUGUUUAAAAUACUUGCAUGAGGGCAGGCAAACUGAGUCAAUGUCUAACUGAAUAAGACCAGGUAUCACAUAUGUUAAAAGGAAAAAAUGCCCACUAUAUAGUUGCUUCAUAAAAGAGUGAAGUUUAUAGGAGUUAACUUCCUUAGUGUAAAUAAUUGGAAAUUAAGGUUGAGGGCUGUUUGCCUACCAAAUUGUCAGGAUUUUGUGGGUUUUUUUUUUUUUUAACACCAUUUGCUCAAAAAUGUUAAAAUGCUACUGGAAAUAAAUAAAUGCUACUUGGCAACUACUUGGUUUUCAGAAAGAAUUUUGUUAUUGAACCAAAAGUCUUUGCCCUAGCUAUUCAAUUUCUAGAUAUUGAUCCUGAGGACUUAAAUUAAAAUUGUGAGUUAAUAGCUAAUUAUUCAGUGAAGCAUUGUUUUGUUACUAAAAAUCCAACAAAGGUUGGUGUCAUUAAAGCUUUCUGGCCAUUAAAAAUGUAAAUACAUUAUCGUGGACUUAAAUAAAGCAAGAUCUGAAAU